CAGCAAGAUCCUCGCCCUCCGGCCAAGAGCCGAGAGGAGGCACCUCCCUCAUAAUCCCCUCCCCCCUCCCUCCCCGUUUUCCUCCCGCCCAGAGUAACCGCUCUCCCCCCUCCGCCCUCCUCGAGAACCUAAGCAAGAAAUCAACCACCCGUCUUCCCUCCCCGCCCCGCCCUGCCCCUGCCCCCCACCCAUCCUCGAGACAUGGAGGACGUGCAGCGGACGGAAGCACUGCUCCUGGCGGUGCGCUUCUUGACGGGAGGCGCCGCCAACUUCGCCAUCGCCCUGUCGAAGGCCGCCCUGCCCGCCGCAGCCACGCAGCUGGCCCAGCAUGCUCGCGAGAUCGCGGACUCGGCGGACGAUUCUGAGUUGGACAGCUCCGGCCUGCGCGCCGCCGCCGACAGGCUAUCCCAGGCGGACUUCGCCAGCAGGCCGCGGGCCAUCUCCGACCUCGUGCUACAGUGCUCCCGGCUGGACGGGCUAGCGGCCGCGGGCGAUGCGGCUGCCUUCUCCGACAUCAGGCGGCGCAUCCUGGAGGCGGAGAUGGCCGGGAGGACCCUCCUCCGCGUCAUCCCUGCGCGCCAGUUGGAUUUCUUGCUCGAGGCGGAGAUGGCGCAGGAGCGGGACGAGUGCAGCGACAGGGACGCGGCCCGUGGCCGUGCGGAUGCGGCCGCGCGCGAGGAGGUGGAUGCUGAGGCGGCGCGCGCCAACGGAUGGUGGUGGCGGCGGCUCGCGAGUCGGCUCUCCAGCGCGAGGGAGACGGGAUGGUGGCGGCGGCUCGCGAGUCGGUUCUCCAAGAAGAGUGAGACGGGCGGCGGCGGCGGGCUUCCAGAGGCGGACCUCGAAGCUGUUCCUCUGAUAGCACCCCACUCCCGGCCUGACCCCAGCACCAGCAACACCCCCUCGGAUUGGUUGCCACCAUUGGGCAACUGGCUCACUACCCAGACGUUUGCGCUUGCUGCGUCCAUGUGCCUUCUCCCAUACAUGAGUCCAGCUGGGAUUCUGAGUGACGAAGCCGACUUCAACGAUGAUUACAGAUGGCGGGUUCAGUUUGUGUUUCAGACAUGGUGGUGCCUUGUUGCCAUGGGCGUACCGUGCACUUUGUGUGGCCGGUCAUGGAUCGAGCAACACUACGCCCGUAUUUCUGCUCACCUCGGAAUGCUGGGUAUUACUGUGAACGUCUUGUUCUUCUGCCAUUGGAUGCUGGCGGCCAUUGCUACAAACGUGAUGAAGGUCUUUCUCGGUGGUGCCACAGCUUACUUCCUUAUGUAUUGGAUACGGUGCUGUUGGGUGCGAGAGAUAUGAGCAAGCGGUAAACGGCAGCAAGCCGUUAGAAGCGUCGGCAGCCAAACGAUCCGGGGGAGGUUCAGUAACAUGGCGGCAGCCAAGUUGAAAGCUUCGCUUGUCACUGAAUGUGUGAUACCGAUAGUGGCAAAAAUGAUAUAGUGCUACGAUUUUCAACAAAUAUAGAUAAGGGGUGAAAGGUGUAGCGAAAAACUUGAUAAUUUUGUAGGUUACAAGUUCAGGAAUGAGGAUGAACUUGAUUUCUGCAAGUGAACUUUUUGAACUGAUCGUGAA